GUUGAAUAAAGCCCCUUUAAUAUCACUAAUUUUAGCUUGUUUUUAUCAAAUUACUAAUUAUUAAAAAGACUUUUAUUGAGUUUUCUAAGUUUGACUUUAUUAUUAUUAGUAUUACAUUUUUAUCUUCUUCAAUUUCAUCCCUAGCUUGGCGCCCACCGGUUUCUCUAUCUAUCUAUCCUCUGAAAACUAGGUGCCCGUGAGAUAAUAUAUUAAAUUCCUUAUCUGCCCAACUUUCAUAUUCACUUGAAAGUUUGCAUUAUUGUUUCUUAUAAAAGAGGGGAACCAUUAGUGUUCAGGGAUUAUUCCAUUCGAAUCGCAAUUUCAUCACCCUGUGAAGACAAUAAUUACUUCUCCUGGUAAGUCAUCUUUACCUGGUUGAAUCAUUUUCUAUCAUAUUUUGUUGCAGGAGUUGUGAAUCUAACUUCUCUUUGAUUGUCUAUAGCUUCUGAUCAUGUCUAUUUGAAGUACAUACAUACAAUCAACAAUGGACAUGAAAUGUAAAUGCUUAUUAUUCUUUUUGGUGCUUGCGAUUUCCCAUGGUUAUGUUGCGGCAGAGCCAGUAAAAAAAGUGAAUCCACCUGGGAUUGAUAACAUAGUCGAUGCCAGAAAUGGUCGGGAAGAAGUAACUGAAAGAGUUUCAGUGUCGAUGGUUGCACUCCUUACUUUAGCAAUGGCUGCUGCAACUGGUUUAGGUGCAGUGCCAUUUUUCUUUAUAGAACUUGAUCCUCAAUGGGCAGGGAUAUGUAAUGGGAUGGCAGCUGGGGUCAUGUUGGCAGCAAGCUUUGACCUAAUACAGGAAGGUCAAGAACAUGGUAGUGGCAGUUGUUGGGUUGUAAUUGGAAUUUUGGCUGGUGGGAUUUUUAUUUGGCUCUGUAAGAAGAUUCUUGAACAAUAUGGGGAAGUGAGUAUGUUGGACGUAAAAGGUGCAGAUGCAGCUAGAGCCAUCCUCGUUGUGGGGAUAAUGACCCUGCACUCGUUUGGGGAAGGCUCUGGGGUUGGAGUGUCGUUUGCUGGUUCAAAAGGCUUAUCGCAGGGAAUAUUGGUGACUUUGGCUAUUGCUGUUCAUAAUAUUCCCGAGGGCUUAGCUGUGAGUAUGGUUCUUUCUUCAAGAGGAGUUUCUCCGCAAAACGCAAUGUUGUGGAGCAUAAUUACAUCUCUUCCACAGCCAAUUGUUGCGGUUCCUUCGUUUAUAUGCGCGGAUGCAUUUAACAAGAUGCUACCUUUUUGUACGGGAUUUGCUGCUGGUUGUAUGAUUUGGAUGGUCAUUGCCGAGGUCCUUCCUGAUGGCUUCAAGGAAGCUUCUUCUUCUCAUGUUGCGUCUGCAGCUACCCUUUCAGUUGUCUUCAUGGAGGCCCUAGGCGUUGCACUCCAAAAUUUUAGCCAUAACUUCCAAUCUUCAGAAAAUGUAUCGGGUUUCUUCGUGUCACUCCUAUUUGGACUUGGACCAUUGCUCGGGGGCAUUAUUCUAGUGACAUUGGCUGUCGCUUUGCGCCUCAAACACGCCUUCCUAUCCAGCAUUGCCGCUGGAAUAGCAUUCAUUCUGGGUGCUUGGAGGCCAAUUCAACUCAUUCUAUCUUCAAAAAUGGAAUUCAUCCCUAUAGUCCUUCUACUAGCAAUGGGAUUCACAUUCGUCCACUUCUCCAUUACAAAAAUCUCAAAACUCGCCAGCCGCAACAAGACCACCUCGGCCCACAACUUAUCAUCAUCGGUAACAACCUUUUCCAUUAGCGCUCUGACCCUACAGUCGUUCCUAUCUUGUGGGGCCGUUGCACUUCAUGCUCUAGCCGAGGGUCUAGCCUUGGGUGUUGCCGCACCUAAAGCCUACGGGCUUGGCCGUCACAUGGUCCUCCCCGUUUCUCUCCACGGCCUUCCGAGAGGGGCUGCCGUGGCUAGCUGUAUAUAUGGAGCAACCGACAGCUGGAACGCAGCGCUGGCUGCUGCUGCCAUGAUUGGAUUUGUGGGGCCUGUUUCUGCAAUCGGGACCAUACUGUCGGGUAUAGAAGAUUAUAGCGGACUUGAUCAUCUGAUGGUAUUUGCUUGCGGAGGAUUACUACCAUGUUUUGGAAGUAUUGUUAGGAGGGCUAUAAAAUUAGAUUCGAGGAAGAGUAGUUUUGGGCUAUUUGUGGGAAUGGUUUUUGCGGCGGUUUGCCUGACCUGUACGAAGCUUGUUUGCCUUCAUACUCCCUACUGCAAUUCAGCACCCGAGGCUGUUAGAUAGAAGAAGGAUUUUUCAUGUAUGGAUUCUAAAAUUCAUUCAAACAUAAUUUUGUAUUACAAAAUUGCAAUGAUCUUAAACAUGUUAACAGACUGUAAAUAGUAAUAGAUAAUACAUAUAAAG